AUGGCUUCUGUGUCUUCUCCUGCUGCUGCUGCUGCUGCUGCUGCUGCCAGCAGUUCGCAAUCAGGGGGACCAGCAGUGUCGGAGGCAGUCAUUGUGGGUGGAGGAUUGGCCGGCCUCGCAACUGCUAUUGGCCUCCGGAACAUUGGGAUUGACGCACAGGUAUACGAGGCACGGGACGGGGUGGUAGGCGAGGGAACCCUCAUCACUCUCUAUCCCAACGGACUCAGGGCGCUCAACAGAAUCGACCCUGCCAUUGUGCCCCAGGCAUGUGAUGGGUGUGGUCUCAUAUCUCGAGGAGUACCUGACCCCACCAUUCUCGGCCGCUCUCCAACCGGCGAUAUUCUUUUUCAGUGGAACCUCGGGUCCAACAUGACUGCCCGCUUUGGAUUCCCCCUGCUGAACAUCCGCUGGCAAGAGGUGCUCGACGUGUUGCUCGGGAUGCUGCCAAACGAUGCCGUCCAUGCUGGGCACAGGCUCGUGGGGUUUACGCAGGGAGAGGAGGACCAUAAAGAGGAAGGGGGCAGUGAGGGAAGUGGCGCAGGCACCAGGAUUGGCUCGGUGAAAUGCGUUUUUGAACAGAUUUCCGGCGGUGAAGAGCGGUUGCUGGAGGUGGAGACCCCGCUGCUGCUGGGAGCAGACGGCAUUCACUCGGAGGCACGGAAACAGAUGCUGGUGGGGACAGCAGGCGAGGGAGUGAGUGCACGGGACAACGGCAGAACCCAUUGGAGGGCCAUCAUCGACAGCUCCCUCUGCCCCCACCCAAUGGUGCAGCCACGUCAGGUAAACACCAUAAUCGGUGUCGAUCGCACUGCAACCACUGGCGAUGCUGGAGCCGGAAGGCUCUACUGGUCGCUCGCGCUCGUUGAUUCCGCCGAUCCGACGGUCAGCAGCGCGCCGUCCAGUGGGGGGGAGGAGGCGAGGGAGAAAAUUCUGCGGGCUUUUGAGGGGUGGGAUGCGGUGGAGAAGCUGGUGAAGGCCACUUCUUCUGAGCUCAUUCGCGAGAGUCGCGUGCUUGACCUCCCUCCCCUGCCCUUCUGGGUCCAUGGGAGGGUAGCGCUCAUGGGAGAUGCGGCGCAUGCAGUGACGCCAGCGUUGGGGCAGGGAGGCAAUCUGGCGUUUGAGGAUGCGGCUCAGCUGGUGGAGUGCCUCCGGGCAAACUUGCUUGUCAGUGAUGCUCUUAGCUCCUUCCAAUCCAUCCGCAUGUCACGAGUGCAAGCGGUGUCAGCACGGAACACUGCCCAAACAAAGAAGGUGUUUGACAAGGAGAGAGAGGGGAAAGAGGGGAAAGAGAAUAACGCAGCAGGUGGUGAUGGAAGCGAGGCGAAUGCAGCGCCAAGGAUUGAAGAGGUUCAAGCGGCAUCGGCUGCAGCAUCGGCACGGGAGGGGCGUGAUCCUGACGAGGAGCUGUAUGGUUAUGACAUUGUGGUUUUGGAGUAG